GCCGGUCUCGGCUGCGCUGGACGCCAACCUCUUUCUCCCCGUCAAUGCUUCCGACUCCGCGCACUGCACAGCAGCUCAGCCCUGGGAAGCAGGGUUUCCUGUCGGUCGCCUGCACUGCGAGGCCAGCGGUUGUAGAGAGCUCCCUCGGCAGCAAUGACGGAGAAGCGGAUCUCUCGCUGGUAUUUCGGAGGGUUGGCGUCUUGCGGGGCGGCGUGCUGCACCCAUCCCCUGGACCUGCUCAAGGUCCAUCUUCAGACGCAGCAGGAGGUGAAAAUGAAAAUGACGGGAAUGGCUUUGCACGUAAUCCGAAACGACGGCGUCCUGGCCCUCUACAACGGCCUGAGCGCCUCGCUGUGCCGGCAGCUCACCUACUCGCUGACCCGUUUUGCGAUUUAUGAGACGGUGAGAGACCAGCUAGCCAGAGGCAACACCGGUUCCCUCCCCUUCUACCAGAAAGUCCUGCUGGGAGCCUUUGGAGGUUUCACCGGGGGAUUUGUCGGCACGCCGGCAGAUAUGGUCAAUGUCAGGAUGCAGAACGACAUGAAGCUGCCGGUCGAACUACGGAGGAACUACAAACACGCGCUGGACGGGAUUUACAGAGUCUUCCAGGAAGAGGGUGUGAAGAAAUUGUUCUCCGGCGCCACCAUGGCAUCGAGUCGAGGAGCCCUCGUCACCAUUGGGCAGUUGGCCUGUUAUGAUCAGGCAAAGCAGCUUGUGCUCAGCACCGGCCUCCUGGCAGACAACAUCUUCACCCACUUCCUGUCCAGCUUUAUUGCUGGUGGCUGUGCCACGUUCCUCUGCCAACCCCUGGACGUCCUGAAGACUCGGCUGAUGAAUGCCAAGGGGGAGUAUCGGGGGGUGUGGCACUGUCUGCUGGAGACUUCCCGACUGGGACCUCUGGGCUUCUACAAGGGCUUUGUCCCCGCUGCGAUUCGCCUGGUACCUCACACCGUGCUCACCUUCGUCUUCCUGGAACAGCUGAGGACUCAUUUUGGGGUCCUGGUACCGGCCUGAGACAGAGAACUCCGCCACCCCCACCUCAGUGCCCCUCUCCCCCCCAAUCCACCCUCAACCCCCCUGCCCAGCAUGGGAUGGGCAGUUCCCUGCAAUAAAUCUAAAUCGAUCACGACAAGAUGGCUGCCACCAUACCCCGGGGUAAAGUGGUGGGAUCUCAGGCCUGAGGAUGCGACUUUGGUGAGCCCACAGAGGGUCUUGGCCCAAUCCUCUCUCUCCUCCCCCCGUGUGUCCACACCCUUCCUUUGCCUGUUCAUCCUCCCUCAAUCUUCAGGACAUCGGCUCCGGGCCCAAGGCUGACGGGAUCUGCCUGUGCAACUGGAAUUUGUGAUUUGACUUUGGGGGGUGUGGUUCUAGGUCUGUGGACCCUCUCCCUGCUUCCUCUCCCCCCUCCCCGCCCCCACCAUCCCCACUCCACCCUACCCCUGGGGUUCCCCAC